AUGGUUGUCCCCACAAAACGAUUAAGAACGCCCGAGGAUCUGGCCAAGUUCCAGCAUAGUUCCGUGUACAAUGACAUGGUGCAGUUUGUGGUGGACCUGGCCAAGUCUGUGCACGGCCUGGAAUUGGGGUACACGGACGAUUCUCUGGGCGAUAACAUUCGCAAGGUUCUAGAGCUUCUGGAGAAAAUCAACAGCAUUGUCGACAACCACCCCGUCGUGAAGGACACUAGCAGCCGUUUUGGCAAGCCUGAGUUCCGCGAUUUCUACGACGAGCUGGCCACCAAAGUCAGCGGCCUCGUUCAAGGCUGUGUUGGCGAGGAACACGCGGAGGAGCUUGGGUGUUAUCUUUUAAACUCGUUUGGUGACCGCACCCGGAUCGACUACGGGUCUGGACACGAGCUCAAUUUCGCAUGUUUUCUGCUAUGUCUAUACAAACUAGGCUUUUUCCAGCCCGCAGACUUCAAAUGGCUCGUUCUUCGCAUCUUCAACAGAUACCUCAAACUGAUGCGCCGUUUGCAAUUGCUUUACUGGCUCGAGCCGGCAGGGUCGCACGGCGUUUGGGGGCUGGACGACUACCAUUUCCUGCCGUUCCUGUUUGGCGCCGCGCAGCUGGCACCAUUCUCGCGUCCACGGCCGCUUACGAUCCACCAGAAAGACUACGUCGAAGAGUUCAAGGACAAAUACCUAUACUUUGGGUGCAUUGCAUUUAUAAACCAAGUGAAAACCGGUGCAGGGUCGCUCAGAUGGCACUCGCCAAUGCUGGACGACAUCAGUGGUGUGAGGUCGUGGGCGAAGAUCGAGGAGGGUAUGAUAAAGAUGUACAAGGCCGAGGUAUUAGGCAAGCUUCCCGUGGUGCAGCAUUUCCUUUUUGGCAGCAUUUUGAAAUGUCCCGACGGCAUUUCGGAGCAUGCGGACGACGACGACGGCGAGCAUGCCGGCCACGACCACUCGACGUGGGGCGACUGCUGCGGAAUCAAGGUCCCGAGCGCGGCGGCCGCGAGCGCCCUGUCAAAACACACGGUUCCCUGGGACUGA